AUGGCGAUUUCACCUUCACUUGAUACCUAUGCUUCUGGUGCUGAAGAACCUACUUCGACCUCUUCAUCACUACAGGUUCCAGGCUCUGGACGGACCCUCCGGCCUCGUAGUCCUGCUAAGAAGGGUUCAAACCUUGUUAUUGGCUCAACUGAUCGCCGCAAGUCUUGGAAACAGCCCGAUCCUACAUCCCCUGGCUCGACAGUAGGUAAGGAUGGUGAUGGUGAUGGGAAAGGUGAAGUUGAUGGUGAUGGCAAAGGUGAUGAGGAUGGUGAUUUUGAAGGUGAAGGCAAAGGUGGUGGUGAUAGCGAGGCAUCCGAUUCCGAUUCCGAUGAAGUUGAGAUCAUCGAACACCACGGUAUGAACGUUGACCGAACUUCCGAUCGUGAAGAAGAUGUUACUCACGAGUCUAACGGCAGGCACGUACUGCCAAAGUCACGCAUUGCUUGA